GGGCAAAGAGUGACCAUGGCCCCUCCUGCCCCAUUCAUAACACACACUUGUAAUGCACCCUUCUAUAGAGUCCCCAGAGGUGUCUUCCAACGUGUCACCAGUAUCUGGAAUGCCAAAGAGUUUGUACUCCAAGUACGGUGCUGAUUACUAAUGCUUGGGUGCCUUUGAAUCACAAACCAUCCAGCUACACUGAUCUAAUGAGAUGAGGCACUCCAGUGUUAUUUCAUUCAUUUUUCUGGUCAACUGCCUGAGCACUUUUCAAGUGCUGGGCAAAAAUGACAAAAAAGCCAGCAAGAGGGGAGAGACUGAAACCUUCAUACGGUCUGGGCAGUUUGCAACCAAACAAAAACAUGGGUGCACUUGGGAAAUCGGUGGGAAUGCAACAGUAAGCCUAUCGCUAAAAUGCAAUGAGCCAGAUGGUAGCAGCUACAAUUGCACUUAUGAAGGGGAGCCGCAUCAGUGCCCAUUGUACGUCAUGAAAGCCAAACAGUACUGGAAGCAGAUCCUUGGGAAAUUUAAGAAAAUGAAAAACGCCUGUGAAGAUAAGAGCUUGAGGUCACGUCUGUGCAAAAAAGCGGAAGGUGCAAAGUCCCAGCUGACAAAGAUUGGUGGAGAAGCUACGGCAGAAACAGGGAAAGGCAAAACCAAAGGGAAAGGUCAUUUAAAGGAACCUGGAAAGAGUCCAGAGGAAAGACCAAAAGAUCCAGAAGUUAACAGCAAUGUUGGUACAGAGAAGAAAUCCGGAUCCCGAAAAAAGAAACCGGACACAAAAUCCAAUGAGAAGCCACAUCCAUCCAAUUCCCCAGCUGCUCUUGAUCUCACCACAGCCAGAGAAGUUAAUGAUGAUAUUGUAGAGUUGAAUGAGAAUUUGGCUGAUGCCUACUGUGCUGAAAAGUGGCACUCCGUGUGUUCUUUCUUUGUUAAUUUCUGGAAUGGCUGAAUCAAAGCUCAACAUGGGGUAGAAAUAUGAUCAUUUAGAGCUAUUUAAAUCAAGACCCCAAUGCAGGAAUUCAUGGCUAAUGCCUUUGGACUGCUUGUUACCUAACAUGACUUACAAAUCUCUCAGUACUAAAGAAAAAAAGUAAUAAUAAAACAGAGUACAAGUGUAGACUUGUCUGCAUUCACAGUGUGGUGAUUACAGACAUAUCUUAUUUAGAGUAUUUUCUAUUUGGACUAAUGUAAGAAACCAUUCAUUGACUUUAGCAGUAUAUUCAUGUAUUUUUCUAUUAUGGUUUUUUAAUUUACAGUAAUUAGAAUGUCAAUGCACUGUAUUUCAUUGUCUUUAAAAUAUUUAUCUUUGUUUAGACCUGUGCUAUAGUGUGUGGAUGUAUAAAAUAAAAGCAAUUGGUAUACAGAU